CCCCGCGCCCCGCCGGCAGCUGCUCCGCGCCGCACAGGUGGCGCGUGUGGGAACUCGACGGCUCCGUGCGUUCCCACGAUCGCGCGCCCGCCGCUCCCUAUAUAAGCCCCCGCUCCGACGUUCCACCGCAUUCCGCGUUCAACGCUCAGCGCUAACGCACGCUCACUACUCACUUACACACAAUCACCAUGUCUUACGAGAUCGCGUAUUCGAUCGCAGACGACGGCCCGCAGCCCGUCUCGCGUACUUACCAGUAUCGCAAAGUGAUGAAACCGAUGCUCGAGCGCAAAAGGCGCGCUCGCAUCAACCGCUGCCUCGACGAACUCAAGGAGCUGAUGGUCAGCGCUCUCCAGUCGGAGGGCGAGAACGUCGCCAAAUUGGAGAAGGCUGAUAUUUUGGAAUUGACCGUUCGCCACCUUCACAAGCUUCGCCGCCAGCGCCGCUUGGCGCUCAACCCCACAGUGGACGCUGACCGCUUCAAAGCUGGAUUCACCCAUGCCGCCAAUGAAGUGUCUCGGUGUUUGGCUUCGAUUCCCGGAGUCGAUGUGAGGCUGGGAACUCAGCUGAUGACCCACCUCGGCCACAGACUGAACGAUAUGCAGCGCGCCGCCACCGGUGCCGACACACCCCCGGCCAGUCCGCCGAGCCCUGCCCUGUCUACAGUGUCUUCCUCCUCCGGCUACGUGACCCCAUCUCCACCAGCGUCGCCCGUGCCCAUGCACACAGCAACCCCCUUGGACUGCUCGACCAGCGGCUCGUUCCACAAGAGCCCGGUGGUGUGGCGGCCGUGGUAGAGCGGUGCUCGGAUCGGACCCGGCUCCGCGGUCACAUCUGUUCCAGCACCGCUCGGAGCCGCCUGCCCCACUGAGUCCACGAUCCAAAACUAGUGAUGUUCAUGUUGUAAACAUAUCUAGAUCUCACAAUUUAAUUAGUGUUAAACUUAGCUCGUAAGCAACUUGAAAGCUUUAAUAAAAGUAGCAAAUAAGUAUAUUUUGUGAUACUAAAGAGUAAAUAUUAUUGUAAAAGUAAGAGAUGUUGUAUCGAGCCCAGUAGAGAUGGUUCGAGUUGUUAUUUUUUAUCGUUAAAAAAAAUAUGUCACGAAAUCGUGAAAGAACUGGCAAAAGAGUAAGUCAAUAAAACACAUAUUUCUUUA